AUGCUUUAUACAGAUGGAGCUGAAGAACAAGUAACACCUCCUAAAGCCGAUCCAUCUCUGAGAGUAAAGUUGUAUAGGGGUCAGACAGAUUCAGAUGAGGUGUUUACAUCAUUUUCCAUUGAAGUGAUGGCAGGAACCUCACUCAAACUUCACUGUGUCGCCCCUGACAACAAGCACUGUGAGGUGCAGUGGGUCAGAGAAAACAGUACCCUCCCCUUGACCAAAAUAAGUGACACCAUAGUACAGUGGAGUGAAAUCAAAGCAGAGGAUAGUGGACAAUACAGGUGCCACACCAAAGGGACCUGCACUGACCAGGCUAUCACUGUGGAAAUAGAGGUCAUCACAUCGGAUGGAUUCGCCUGGGCCAAGAUCUUUGCAGCUUUUGCAGUGUCUGCAGUAGUUAUCCUGACGGCCCAUCUGGUGUAUUUGUGCUACAGAAAAGGAUGUAAGAUCAUGGAUUCUGCAAACAUAGUCCAUGAAAGGGUUACAUCCAGAAGUGCUGUGGUGAUAAGGCCAAUCGCUCAAGAUAGCCAGAGUGAUCAUGAAGUCCCUUAUGCUGACAUUGUGAUCUCCGUGAGAGGAUCCAGCAACCCGGAUCUAUCUGGCACCUUUAACCAGACUUCAAAAAAUCAAAGACCAAGAUGGAGAGAUGAGGCCAGAGCAGGGCUACUGCACGCUUCAGCUGACAGACUGCACAUCCACUCGAAAGAGGUCACUAGGAAAUUAAGCACAACGUCUGAAUAUGCUGUAAUUACCUACUCCUGUGAGGCUCUUAGUUAGUUAGCUACUUCAAAAAACUGCAUAUCUGAUUAAAAAAAAAAAUAGAAGGCAAAAUGUGAAAAUUGUGUAUAGCUGUCUGCCUAAUUUAUGUUGUCUGUAAUUAAAAAAACUGUAAAACUUUGAAUGUAUGUGUGAACUUGUGUGUGUUAUGCUUUUACAGGCUUGAAGGAAAUAAUUACUGCAUUACAUUUGCUUUGUAGCUCAAUUUCUUUUUUUUUCUUUUUUUACUGUGUCGGCAGAUUUGCCUUUUUUGACCAGGAAGGUCUGUAUGAAUGGUUUUAAGUAAUUUGUAGUCUUAAGUCUAAAGUCCAA